AAAAUGAAUUCUCAACUCCCAAACCCUAGGGUUUUCUUCUUUUUCUCAAUCUUAGCAGCCGAUCCCCGAAGAGCUUGCAUCAUCUUUAGAGUCCUCUUCUGCCAACCCCAACCUUGAAAUCAUGAUCAUUCCGGAGAAGAACCGCAAAGAGAUCUGCAAAUAUCUCUUCCAAGAGGGAGUUUGCUAUGCAAAGAAGGACUUCAACCUGGCGAAGCACCCUGAGAUUGAGGUGCCAAAUCUACAGGUGAUUAAGCUGAUGCAGAGUUUCAAGUCAAAGGAGUAUGUGAGGGAGACAUUUGCUUGGAUGCACUAUUAUUGGUUUCUCACCAAUGAUGGCAUUGAACACCUCAGAACCUACCUCAAUCUUCCUUCGGAAAUUGUACCUGCCACUCUAAAGAAACAACCAAAGGCUCCAGGUCGUCCAUUUGGUGGUCCACCUGGCGAUCGCCCUAGGGGUCCUCCACGCUUUGAAGGAGAGCGUAGGUUUGGUGACCGUGAUGGAUACCGUGGAGGUCCCCGUGGUCCUGGUGGUGAUUUUGGAGGUGAUAAGGGAGGGGCACCUGCAGAUUACAAGCCUUCUUUUGGGGGUGCUGGUGGAAGACCAGGCUUUGGCCGAGGUUCUGGCAGUUUUGGUGGGGCACCACCUUCUAGCUCAAAUCUUCCAUGAGUGUAAUGGUCAACCUUAGAUUUUGCUUAAUUUUCUGGCUCUGUUUAGUUAUCCUUACCUAGAAAUUGAAGAACUCUAUACUUACACUUUUGAUGAUCGGUUCCCUACUCAUGCAAAGAAAUUUUGAAUUGAGACGUUCUUGAUAACUUGUCCGCCAUUUGCAUGUGGUUACUUCCCCUCCACCAAAUCUAUAGUAUUUUCGUUUA